AUCAAACGCAUAUCAAAGUCAAUAUAAGAGCAGGAGAGUCACCAUGAUGCUGCAUUUACACCUCCAGCUCUGUUCUCUCCCAUCAUCAGCUCAUCGAGACUCGUCUUUACAGAGUAAUCUGUAACUGCUGAAAGAUGAACGGAGGAUUGAUACAGUUGCUCAGGAAAAGGAAAGAGUUAAUUCCUCUGCUUGGGAUUGUUAGUUGUGCUGCAUUUGGAGCGACAACAACCAUGAUUUACUUCCUGCUGACCAAACCCGAUGUCAUUUUAAACAAGACGGGAAAUCCCGAGCCCUGGGAGAUGCUGGAUCCAUCAAAACCACAGAAGCUCCUCACCAUUAACCAGCAGUGGAAACCAGUGGAGGAGCUGGAGAUGGUCAAGAAGAUGACCAAAUGACCAUGAUGCACACUGCACAUACGGUCUGGGGCUGCACAAUAUAUUGUUCCAGCAUCGAUAUCUCCAUGUGUCUGUUGAGUUUGAUUAUAGCUGAUCAGCAGUGGAGACUGUGUUCAUUUACAUUACAUUUGAUUAUUCAACUGACUUCAGUUUGACUCCUGGCAAAACCAUAAAGCACUGCUCAUUUCACUUUCAUCUCUGCUCUGUCUUAUUUCUUUACUCCAUUACAGGAUCAAUCUGAAGAUGCCAAUCCAAAUACAGAUACUCAAGUCACCUGCUGAAAUUGUACUCAUAUCAGAAUAUAUAUCAUAUACUAAUAAAACAUAUAUCAUGCAG